CUCGGAUUGUGUUGUUGGCACCAUGGCCGAGCCAGCAGUCGUCCCGACGACACAAGACGUCCUUGGGGAUGUAUAUGAGCCAGCGGAGGACACAUACUUGUUCCUGGACGCGCUGCAGGACGAGAAGGACUUCCUCGUGGCCUUGCAUCCACGGAUGAUGCUCGAGCUUGGUCCUGGUUCGGGUGUCGUCGGCGUCUUCGCAACCAACCAACUCGCCGCGGCAGGAGUCGUGGACACAGUCCUCUUCGCCGUCGACAUCAACGAACAGGCCACCGCGUGCACGAAGAACACCGCGAUGCUCAAUGGUGUGUCUCGCAUCGAGAUCCUCCGCAUGGAUUUGCUGACUCAAGCGCGGCUUCACCACCAAGUGGACGUCCUCCUCUUCAAUCCUCCGUACGUGCCCACGCCGUCAGAAGAAGUCGGUUCCAUUGGCAUUGAAGCGGCGUGGGCUGGCGGCCGACACGGACGUGAAGUCAUCGACCGCGUGCUUCCCAUCGUCCAUGUACUGUUAUGCCAGCUCGAUUCUUCAUUCCGAUGUUUGGGUGUAGACAAUCUUAUCGCCUGAGGGGGUGUUUUACAUGGUCGUGGUGGCGGAAAACAAACCCCACGACAUUGCGCGCAUCAUGGAAACGCAAGGCUUCCACAUGGAGACCAUUCGAUCUCGAAAAGCAUUCAACGAACGACUGUCUAUCGUCAAGUUUACUCGCCGCCCGCCACCACAAUGAAGUGUGCUCAUGACAUUGAAUACUAGUAGUACUACAGUAGUAUUAACAGAAAGAAAUAAAUGUAGCGAAACAAUAGGCAGAAUCAACCAACUGUACUAGAUGUGUCGUACACGCACAUAAGUCACUCAGAGUAGGUGACGAAUACACUGGUUAUGGACGACCAUAAGACAGUAAAAGA